AAAAAAGGAGCGUCACUCACGCACGCCGGUCGCGCCGGUUGUCGUCGCCGCAAAACACGCUGCACAGCUUUUUCAUUGGUUUUACUUCUUGUAUUUAGUGAUGGGACUGCUCCUCCUUGUUGCACGUGAUUCGAGUGACGCGGCUGCGAAAGUAACGACUGGUACCGGCAGUACUUGACGAAAACCGGACGCCCUAUCGUCCGGCUCGUUGCUUCGUGCGAUACAAACUUCCGCUGCUUGCCGGAAAACUUAGUUUUUACAAUUUUCUUAAACACCUCACGGUUAUCCGUACACCGCUUUGGACACACACUUCGCCGAGCCAACGUUCCGAGUGUGUUCUGUCACCAGCAGAGUCGCCGUGAUGAAUACCCUAGUCGGCUGGUGGCCCAAGGUCUUUUGCCUGCUUCCUUACCUAACUGAAAUAUUCAGCACAACGCAGCCCAUGUUCCUUUCUCCGAUACCAACAAUCCAGGCAGCGGAGGGCGACGACAUCAUGCUGACCUGCCUCGUUGAGAAUCUUGGAUCCCACAAGGUGUCCUGGUACCGGGCUGGGACCGGUGAGCUUCUCUCUUUCGACACCCGGAUGCUGACGUCAGAUGCACGGGUGCACUCCGAACACAGCCGGCCCAGCUCGUGGCAGCUGCGAGUGUCUCGCGUGAAGGCAUCGGAUGCUGGCCUGUACGCGUGCGUGGUCGACUCUACACCCAGGCUGUCGCAACUCGGCGCUCUUGAAGUGCGCCCCAUCGUAGAAGACAAACGGAACAGUGCCGUUCCAUUUUCCAACGCUGCUUCGUGGUCAAGUUCUCCUGCCACGAGACAACUUCACAGGGGGCGACGGAAGUCUAAAAGGAGAAAACAUCGUUUCGUGCAGGAACAGUCAGAGAAGAAAGAUGAACUUACUAGCAAGGACGAACCGUACUUCGCUGAGCCAAUACCAAGCCUCACAGUUGCGGCUGGUCGCAAUGCUGCGCUCAAGUGUGUCGUCGAAAACUUGGGCAACCACACGGUGGCAUGGCUGAACGUGGACAAGCAGACACUGCUUGCGCUGCACACGCACGUGAUUGUGCGGAACGAGCGCAUCCGAGUGAGUCACGCUGGUCAUCGCGUAUGGCAGCUGGAAAUUCGUGACGUGCGGCCCGACGACACCGGAUACUACAUGUGCCAAGUGAACACGCGCCCCAUGAAGAACCAGGUCGGGUACCUCAACGUGGUCGUGGCGCCGUACUUCGUGGACUCCUUCGGGCCCCGCAACUUGACAGCACGCGAGAACAGCAACGUGAGCUUCCGCUGCGAGGCGAGUGGCAACCCCGAACCUAAGGUCAGCUGGCGGCGGGAGGACGCGCAGCCAUUCCGCGUCGCCGACCAGAAAGUGACAGUCUACAGGGGACAGGAGCUGUUCUUCAGGAGGGUCUCUCGUUCCCACAUGGGCGCUUACCACUGCCUCGCCUCGAAUGGAGUGCCGCCAUCCAUAAGCCGGCGCAUAUUUCUCGAAGUCACCUUCACACCUAUGAUCUGGGUGCCCAAUCAAGUCGUCGGUGCACCACUCGGUUCCAAUGUGGUCCUGGAAUGUCACACGGAAGCUCAUCCGCCUUCAGAGAACUUCUGGUUCCGCAGCUCUCAUCGCCUGGACUCCGCAACCACCAACGUCACGGCAGCCAUCUCUAACGACUUGCGCGCCAAGCAGAAGAAGUCCAAAAGGCACGAGGCAUACAUCACGCGGACAGGGUUGAAGGUGUACAUGAAGUUGUCUAUCAAAAACCUCCGGAAAGAAGACUACGGCACUUACCACUGCAUGGCACAAAACGCUCUUGACAAAACAGAAGGCAAGAUACAGCUUCACGAAAUCGAGGCGCCGCUGGGAAAAACGGAGCCUUCGACCGAGAUUUCGACGACUACGUCUUCGUCAGGAAAAAGUCAAGGUGGUACAGACGGGCCACACCGGACGCCCACAAGCAACACCGUCACGGGAGUAAAAAACCAUGACAAAACGCAGGGUCGUUGGGCUGUGCAGCAUUUUCAAGAUGGCAUUCACAACAAGGAGUCUUCCAAAGGACAAAAAGGCGGACGUUCUCAUACCUCUGCAGGAUCGACGCUGUCAGCCAGUGCGGGUAUUUUGGCUGCGCAUCUGUGGCUUCUCACGAUAUGGUCGUCCCUAGGCUGAGUCGACACGUACCCGGCACUUAGCCGCCUUUGCUUGUGUGACAACUCAGGAAACAUGACGCAUCAAGUCGCUCUUGCCAAAGAUGCGGUGGCGCCAUGCAAUCCUCUUGCAACACGCGUCUAUUUGUACGCUCGUGAAAAACGAUCGCAGACCGCCGGUCGUGGAGGUGACAACUGCGCGGACCUAUUGAUUUUCGCAGCGAUGAUCGUUGGCUUCCACAAAAUGGCAGACUACCCGAAUCGACGGUAGCGACCCUUACUUAUUUCGCCGCGAAUGACAAACUGCGUGUUCCAAGAUAUAGCAAGUUGUCAAUCGAUGAGUGUGUACAUGUGUUCGGAAUUUCUUGAGUAGCACCACUUAGCGCGUCCACCGUAAACUAAGUUUUGUGCAGUAGUAGUUGCUACUUGAAACGUGUUUCGAAUUUUUUGUCCGCACAACGUAAGACUGUUAAUUUCUUGUCUGUUGCCGCGGCGAGAUGUAAAGAAAAAAAUUACCGCAAAGAUACUCUCUAACAUUGAGCAUUUGUGUGGCCUAAACUGUGUGCAUCAAAUACCGAGCGACUAUGCCUAGAUACACUUCCAGAGGAUUCAUCGCACCUUGGUUGACAGACUCGCUCACGUACUCAUUGUUGUAGCACCUGCGCACACGGGACAUCUUACACUCGCGUGAGCACUGAGCACAGCAGGAUGUCCCACCGACGUCCCUCACUUUGUUAUUUAAUGUCACCAGCGCCAGAAUGUGUCAAAAUGAGCAGAUAUGUCCGUAUUUAUGUCUUUUAACCAUUUAUAAAAUAAAAUAUCCGACUUUGUUAAGAAACACUAGCAGAUAUACAUUUGAAAAGUACUUCAGCACCCUAAUUACCUUGGCGUUUAUUUGAACUCUUUUUUUAUGUAUUGAAGAAAUUUCGAUCAUUAAUUGCUGCCUUCUAAAUUCUCGUCAGAGGCGUUUGGUAACAACCAUUGAAAAGUGGGUGACGUGUGUGACGCUAGCUACAUCCUGUUUUGAAAAUGGCAAGGUGAGAUAGCACGUACUUCUUUGACGUUAGUGUUUGUACCGGCGUCAAUUGUGGGGCGCGUUCGUUCUAUGUUUCACUAUGUGAGUGACGGAUGCGUGGCAAGAAGCAGUUGCUAGAUACCGACUUGACGAGGGCUGUAGCAUAUAUGUGUUGUAUAGAGCUGUAUGAAGUAAUGCGAAUGCACAGUUCAGCUAAUAAAUAAUCAAACGGGCCACGUGUUAAGUGGGUUCGCACAUUUUGUUGUUGUUUAUCUUCUCGAGGCCCGGUACUCUGCGAACCAGUGACUGCAUUCAUUCUCUGUACAAACAAAUAUAUAAGAAAACUUCAAACCUUGAUUGAAUAAAACAGUUUAUUUAUUCAUUUUCA